AUGUAUACCAAGAGAGACGGCAGCACCUGUCACCUCGUGGGUCUCCGAGACUUCACGGAUACCAAGCCAUACACUGGAGUCACGAGCCAGACAACCGGGUUCGACAGCGAGGCGUUAGACGCAUCAGCUGACAGCAUCAGCUUCGCACCGCAAGCGAGCGAUGCAUCUCAG